AUGCGGAACUCAGUAGACUACAGAGCACAGAGCGGCCAUCUUUAUCCUCUCAAUCGUUCUUUCUUAUUCAUAGUGAAACCCGUUAUUUUUGUCAGAUUCGAAGAUGUGGUGAGCGUGGAGUUUAGCCGAACGGGUGCGAGCACCACCAACCGUUUCUUCGCUUUCACUGUUUCCUGCCGAGGGGGUGUUGAACACGAGUUUACUUCAAUUGACCGCAACGAGUACACUCCCCUGGUGGAGUUCUUGACGCAGAGGGGAAUUCGCAUUAAGAACGCCGAAAAUUCAAACACGCAGAGAACAGGCGGACUGCAAGAAGAAGAAAUACAAACCGACGAAGAUGACGAUGACUACGGCGGAGAGGAAUCCGAAACAGGUACCUAA